AAAUUGUGUCUCGAACCGUGUAAAAAUGUCAGCCAGGACAUGACUCGAGAUGUUCACCGGGGAUCAUGUUGUCCCGACUGAAGUUUCAGUGUAGCAUCAUUGUGCCAUGAUCUUGCCCUGGGAUGGGAGAUAUAAAGUAUGGUGGCAUGGCAUGAUAUCUCCAAGCUGGGAGAAGUCCAGUGAUUCCAUUUAAUGACUUCAACGAUCUUAUUCUUCUAUUGAGUUCCGACUAUAGUUUCUCUUCGAAGUAUUCAACAAGCAGAAACAGAAGCAUCGAACCGCAGGUGCCAUGUUCUCAAUCUCGUCUCUGCCAUCACUUGAGAGCAAGGUGUUCAUUGUGACAGGAGGGAACACGGGAAUUGGUUAUACAACAUGCCUUAACUUGGCUGCUAAAGGGGCUCGAGUCUACCUGGGUGCUAGAUCGCCGACAAAAGCAUCGCAAGCUAUUGAUCAAAUCAAGCAAGAGCAUCCCAAAGCCGACGUCCAGAUACUCAUCAUGGAUCUCACUUCUCUUUCAACUGUGAUCGAAGCGGCCAAAUCAUUCGCUUCCAAGGAAACCAAACUCCACGGUUUGAUUCUCAACGCAGGCAUCAUGGCGCCGCCAUACGAGGUCACUGCAGACGGCUACGAGAGCCAAAUGCAAGUCAACUAUAUCUCUCAGUGGCUUCUCACUUACCAUCUACUUCCGAUUAUAGAAUCGACUGCUCGAAAAGAAGGACCUGGUGCUGCCAGAAUCGUUUGUGUGUCUAGCCACGGCCAUCGCGAAAAGCCUUUUAGUGUGCAGAAGAUGCUGUAUGACAAGACGGAGAUCGAGAACUUUGGCAGUUUUGGUCGAUAUGGGUUGAGUAAACUCGCGAACGUUCUCCACGCCAAGACACUGAAUGUACAAUAUGGACCAGGAAGCGAACAUGCUAGGCAGGGAAAGGGGGAGAUAUGGUGUGCGUCGGUGCAUCCGGGUUUCAUCGCUACGCAACUGAACGAGAAGAAUCGAGAUAAUGCCAGUUGGAAGUUGAGCUGGAUUCAUCCAGUGCUGAAAUUCUUCGGUAUCAUGCGGCCAUGGAGCAAGGGAUGUGUGAGCAACGUCUUUGUUGGAGCGAGUCCAGCCUUCACUGCCGACAUGUGUGGUUUGUACUUUGACGAGAAAGCGAGGGUGGCCAAGGAGAACGCAGCGGCCAGAGAUCCAAAUGAGCGCGAGAAAUUGGAGAAAUGGACGGUAGAAGAAUUGAAGAAAGGAGGGUGGAUCUGAAGUUCUGCAGAUGGGUUGCCAUGUACAGUAUGUAUAUUUUGUUUUGAUCAAAGAAGAGAGGGAACGUUUUCCAAUACAACUCAGCAUGAUUAACA